AUGUCGAGCGGCCGCAGUAUGCGCGUUCGCGCGCCGGUCAGCUAUUCCGUCAAGGAUAUGAACCAAGCGAAGACGCCGAACUGGCUGUCCAAAACGAGCGUCAACGCGCCCGCGCCGAAGCGCGCGGUGAAGAAGCCCGAACCCGCGGUCGAGCCUGAAAAACUCGCGCUCGCGCUCGCCGUUGUCGCGGCUGACGGGGAAGCCGACGCGGCGAAGGAAAACGACGUCGACGACGGCGCCGUGGCGACCGUGGUGAAGAAGAAGAAGGGCCCGAAGAAGGGCCCGAAGAAGGAGAAGAACCCGCCGCCGGCAAAGAACGUGGCGGCGAAGAAGAAGCCCGGGAGGAAACCCGCGGCGGCGACGGCGGCGGCGGCGGGCAAAAAGGUCACGGCGAUGGGCAAAGCCGCGGCGAUCGCGAAGGACGGGUUGAAACGUCCCGCGUCGCAGUUCGUCGUGAACGAGGAUCCGUCCGAACACGCGUCGUUCAAGAAGCACGCGGGCGCGAGACCGGCGAAGCGUCAGGCCCGGGAGCAGCUCCACAGCCGAUUCGACGCCGCGGCUUCGCCCGAGGAGCCGCCGGUGCCGCGCGCGUGGUAG